AUGAAACAUAGGGCUUCCAAGUUGAGUCCCAUAGAUAAUGCUCCAGCACAGAAUCACAUAAGCUUUAUUAAAAAUAACAUAAAAUUCUACCACCCAAACUAUGUCCACAAUAUUUCAACGAUGAAUAUGGUAGUGCCUCUGUUCAUGAGAGACAUUUUUCAUUUAAAGUCACCACUGGUGGUUUACGGAAACGAAGGAUAUCUUCUAGCCAGGUACAAUGUCAUGAUGCUGGGGAAUUAUCCUAUUGAACGCAUAAGAGUGACCGGUCGAUUAGAGUCAGAAGUUAUGAGAGAUAACUUCGAUAUUCUAGUGAUUAACGAUCACAGCAAGUCUAAUUUGUUUCUGAAUUGUAAGGUAGAACAUUCGGAAUAUUUGAGGGCAGGACUGAACUGGGGUAUGAACCAUGAUCUAUUAUUGCAAUUAACGGGAGUAAUCACUUUGAAUAGAGAAGGACUACAGACUUUUGAGGUUAGCAAUAUUGAGGUUGUGGGCAAAGCCAAUUGUAUAAGCACAGAGGUGAAAUACUGGAAGGAGUACUUAGAUUUUAGAGAAACAAUAAACCAGCCAUUAGAACUUGGGGAAGAUGAUGUUGUGGAUCUUUGCACUGCAACGCAAGAUGAUGAGAAAGAGAACGAUAUUUCAGAGGCAGUUGGAAAUGGACAGAAAAAUGAAGCGGAAAGGAAUACAGAAGCAAAGACGGAUACAAUACAGGAAACACAUAACAACAGAAAGAUUAUCAAUGAAGCAACAAAGAAGAAGGAGUUAAUGAAAGUGAAAUCAACGCAUAGAGACAAAGAAACGAUAAAGGAUAGAAUACAAGCCACGGACAGGGACGAAAAACUAAGGCAAAAAAAACGAAAACACAGAGAAAAUAGUAAUAACGGUAUUAAUGUCAUGCAUAACAAAACUAUGACUGCCGUUACAUCCAAAGAGGAACCCCCAUGUAUUGAACUGAUAGAACUAGAUACAGACGAGGAAGAAGAAGAACCAGUAAUUGCAGUUAUCGAGCUUAAAGACUGUCAGGAAGUUUCCGAUCUAACUGUGACACAAGUGGAAAUUGCUUUCAUAAAGUGGUGUAUCUCCAACAAUAAGAAGAACUUCAAGUUCUACGAGGUCCUACUUGAUGAAGCGCUGCUUAAACUACUAGAAAGAUGCAAAGAUUACGACAAUAUGACUUUGAUAUCGAAAAUCAGAGACAAACUUGUGAGAGAGAACAUGGUACAAUUUGACGAGGUUUCGCUUGUUCUGAAUGUCAAUAAUCUUCUUCACUUGAAUGUUAUGUUGAGUCGAAUGAUUAAGAAAAUGGAAGUUGAAGUUCGGAAAUCGGCGUGCAAAGAACGCAAUUUGGUUGUUUCAAAGAUGAUAGAAACUUUUAAUUCAGUAUACAAGACGAAUCUUCAGAAUCACGACAUAAUCAACGAUCUAAUACGAUGGAAAAUUGGAUACGGAACUUCAAGGUAUAAAUGGAGGUUUGAUGAUGUGCGAUGGAUCUUCGCGAAAGUUUAG